GCAGAAAUUCCUUGGCUUCACUGGAAUUACAGAAUACUUCUUCUCACUUUCAGCAUUACUGACCACCAGCUGAAAGACACUUCUUACCUUCUGGUUUGAGUUAAAGAAGGAAUACUCUAGUUCUUGGUUUUGCAUCGAAGUUAAUCCUCAGAAUACCACAAGAAAUAUGUCAGAGGAAUUGGGAGUGGAGAGCUGGGACUACACACCGAUCAACAUCCAGAAAUACUACUACAGGUGGACCAUCAGCAAUUUCCGUUUUUACUUGGAGCAAAUGCAGGAAUCAAGCAUUAAGAGUCCUGCUUUCUCAUCAGGUGCCAAUGACACACAUGAAUGGUGUUUGAAAGUACACCUGAAUGGGGUCGAUGAAGAAAGCAAAGGUUACUUGUCAGUUUCCUUAGGGUUGCUCAGCUGCCCAAAGCGCCCAGUAUGGGCAAAGUUCCAGUUGUGGAUCCACAGUGCUGAAGGAGAGAAAUCCCAAACAAUGAAGAGCCCAACAUACUUAAAGUUUCUGCAAGACCAUCACUGGACAUUCAAAAAGUUCAUCCUUCGGGAUUUCAUUUUGUCCCGGGAGCCUUGGCUUCUCCCAGAUUACAAGCUCAUUCUCAUGUGCAAGAUGAAUGUGGUCCAAGAUGACUUCUGCAUCUCUGGUGAGAGCACGAUGCCAGGGAUGCAAGUUCCAAGGUGCACAAUGGCAGAUCAGCUAGGAGAGCUGUGGGAGAAUUCCCUCUUCACAGACUGCUGCUUGGUGGUAGCUGGCCAAGAAUUCCGGGCUCACAAGGCCAUCUUAGCAGCUCGUUCCGCAGUUUUCAGAGCUUUGUUUGAACAUGACCUGGAAGAGAACGGAAAAAACAUUGAGAUCCAUGAUGUGGAGCCACAAGCCUUCAAGGCAAUGAUGGGCUUCAUUUACACCGGGAAGGUACCAGACCUGCAAAGAAUGGCAGCUGCUCUUCUUGCAGCUGCUGACAAGUAUGGCCUGGAACGUUUGAAGGUCAUGUGUGAGGAUGCCCUCUGCAAGGACCUCUCCGUAAAUAAGGCUGCCCAAACUCUCAUCCUUGCUGACCUACACAGUGCAGAGCAGCUGAAAGCCCAGGCACUGGCUUUCAUUACAGUGCAUGCUUCUGAGAUCUCUGAGACUUCAAGCUGGAAGACAAUGGUGGGCUCACAUCCCCACUUGGUGGCUGAAGCAUACAGCUCCCUGGCUUCUGCUCACUGCACUUUACUGGGGCCACCCCCCAAACGCCUGAAGCAAUCUUAGAAUCCUCCCACCUCAGACCUACAGGUAUAUUCCAGAAGCAGCAGCCAGCAUUGUUACCCUGGACUCCUGGGUAGACUGCGGCCAUUGUAGACAUUUUUAGAGAAUCUGUGGAAAGAAGCAUGGGGGCAUAGGCCUUUAAUAACCCUGGAAAGUAGUUGAAUAUAGGUUUGGUGUAGGGAGAGCACUGUAUUCUAGGAUACAAUGCAAUUGCUGAAGUGCUUUGCUUUCUCUACAGCAAGUUGAAUACUGGUGAAUCAGUUGGGUUGUUGCCCCCAAGAACACCCCAAAAGCAUUUCUUUAAAGGAACCUGACUGGAUUAGACUGAGCAGAGCAUAUGAUCAAGGAUUUAGAGCAAAGGAGGAAACAAACAUGAAUGUGCUUACAAGAGACAAGGAAGAGAAAGAAGAUAGUUUUUCUCUCCUAACUCAGUGUGUGGGGACUGGAGGAUUGACUCAGUUGGCCAAAGCAAUUGUUACUCCUACAGAGGAGGAGUUCAUGAUUUCAGAUCUCAUCAUGCAUGGGUGACCCUCAACCAUCUCUAACUGGAGACUCACAGGACUGGAGUUCUCCUCUUGUGUCUGUAAACUAAACACACUAUGAAGUGAAUAAAGUUUUGAUAAUCAA